GUGUACUAUCUGCGUGGGAUAGGAAAGCUCCUGCAGCUGCUGAACCACGACCACGAGGAGGUGCAGCGCCUCGCCGCAGGAGCGCUGCGAAACGUCGUCUACCAGAGCAGCGAGAACAAGAUGGAGGUGAAGGAGAGCAACGGGCUGAACUCCGUCCUGCAGACGCUGAAGAGCAGCCGGGAUCUGGAGACCAGGCAGCAGCUGACCGGGCUCUUGUGGAACCUCUCCUCUCACGACCUCCUGAAGGAGCGUCUCUCCAGAGGAGGGUCCCUCUCCGUCCUCACUCACUCCGUUCUGGUUCCAAGCUCCGGCAUUUUUGAAGGAGAAAACCCAAAAGAUGAGCUGCUGGCCGACGCCGACGCUUUCCACAACACCACCGGCUGCCUGCGGUGA